CAGGAUGGCCAGUACCUUCGGCCAUCAGAUCCAGCCUAUGAGCAAGUAUUGGAUUCAUUAGCUAUGAUUGCUCGGCACACGCCUGGUCCUCUUCUAGAGGCUCUUCUAAGAUGGAGAGAAAGCGAAUCUCCCAAAGGUGCAAAUGAUGCAUCAACAUUUCAGAGAAAGCUUGCUGUGGAAUGCAUCUUUUGCUCUGCAUGUAUUCGCUUCGUUGAGUGUUGUCCACAAGAAGGACUUACAGAGAAGCUUUGGAUUGGGCUUGAAAAUUUUGUUUUCGAUUGGCUAAUAAAUGCAGACAGGGUUGUUAGCCAGGUUGAUUACCCUUCAUUGGUUGAUUUACGGGGGCUUCUUCUGGACCUGGUUGCCCAACUCCUUGGUGCCCUAUCGAGGAUCAGAUUUAGUUCAGUGACAGAACGCUUCUUCAUGGAACUCAACACACGCCGAAUAGAUACUAGUGUUGCUAGAAGUGAAACACUUAGUAUCAUAAACGGAAUGCGCUACCUGAAGCUUGGGGUAAAGACAGAGGGUGGACUGAAUGCUUCAGCUUCCUUUGUGGCUAAAGCUAACCCACUUAAUCGAGCUCCUCAUAAACGAAAAAGCGAACUUCAUCAUGCCUUAUGCAACAUGCUAUCAAACAUCUUAGCACCUCUUGCGGACAGUGGAAAAGGUCAAUGGCCUCCUUCAGGCAUAGAUCCUGCACUAACUUUAUGGUAUGAAGCUGUGGCACGAAUAAGGGUGCAACUCAUGCAUUGGAUGGACAAGCAAAGCAAACAUAUUGCUGUUGGAUAUCCAUUAGUUACACUUCUUCUGUGUCUUGGUGAUCCGCAUGUUUUCCUCAGUAACUUUGGUCCUCACAUGGAGCAACUCUAUAAGCAUUUGAGGGACAAGAGCCAUCGAUUCAUGGCCUUAGACUGUUUACACCGCGUACUGAGAUUUUACUUGGGCGUUCAUGGUGAUUCCCAGCCUCCAAAUCGUGUAUGGGAUUACCUAGACAGUGUGUCGUCGCAACUCCUUACAGUUCUCAGAAAAGGCAUGCUUACACAGGAUGUGCAACACGAUAAACUAGUAGAAUUCUGUGUGACCAUAGCUGAACACAACAUCGAUUUUGCUAUGAAUCAUACAAUAUUGGAAUUGCUGAAGCAAGAUAGUCCAAGCGAAGCCAAAGUUAUUGGUCUUCGUGCUUUGCUUGCCAUUGUCAUGUCUCCUACCAGCCAGCAUGUUGGGUUGGAAAUUCUUCAUGCUCGUGGUAUUGGCCACUACAUCCCAAAAGUGAAGGCUGCAAUUGAGUCAAUUUUGAGAUCUUGUCACAAGACCUACAGCCAGGCUCUUCUUACUUCUUCAAGGACAACCAUAGAUGCUGUAACAAAGGAGAAGUCUCAGGGUUAUCUAUUCCGCUCAGUUCUGAAGUGUAUACCAUAUCUGAUUGAAGAAGUUGGCCGAAGUGAUAAAAUAACUGGGAUAAUACCUCAACAUGGCAUCAGUAUCGAUCCAGGUGUGCGUGAGGAAGCUGUACAGGUACUCAAUCGCAUUGUAAGAUACCUACCACACCGUCGAUUUGCAGUUAUGAGAGGGAUUGCAAACUUUAUUUUACGUCUUCCAGAUGAGUUCCCUCUUCUUAUUCAAACGUCUCUGAAGCGCCUUUUGGAGCUCAUGUGUUUUUGGAGAGCUUGCCUAACGGAUGAUAUGGUGGAGUAUGAUGUUUCAGAUGCAAAGCGUGUGCAGAGAACUGAGGGAUUCAAGAAGUCUUCUUUCCAUCACUCACAGACAAUUGAAUUCCAUGCUUCAGAGAUAGAUGCAGUUGGUCUUAUAUUCCUUAGCUCCGUGGAUAGUCAGAUUCGGCACACAGCACUGGAGUUACUGCGUUGUGUUCGUGCUUUGCGAAAUGAUAUUAGGGAACUUUCAUUGCUUGAGCGAUCAGAUCAUAUCUUGAAAAAUGAAGCUGAACCCAUAUUUAUAAUUGAUGUUUUAGAAGAGAAUGGGGAUGACAUAGUUCAGAGUUGUUACUGGGAUUCGGGGCGUCCAUUUGAUCUGAGGCGCGAGUCUGAUCCUGUACCCCCUGAUGUUACUCUCCAAUCUAUACUAUUUGAUAGCCCCGAUAAGCACAGAUGGGCCCGUUGUCUUAGUGAGCUUGUCAAGUACGCUGCUGAGCUGUGCCCGAGUUCUGUUCAGGAUGCAAAAUUGGAAGUUAUUCAGCGGCUUGCUCAUAUCACUCCUUCGGAUUUGGGCGGAAAGGCCCAUCAAUCACAGGACACAGAUAACAAGCUAGAUCAAUGGCUGAUGUAUGGAAUGUUCGCAUGCUCAUGUCCGCCUGAUAGUAAAGAAGGUGGUGGUUCAGCAGCUACAAAAGAACUUUUCCAUCUAAUCUUCCCAUCCUUAAAGUCUGGUUCCGAACCAAAUAUACAUGCAGCUACAAUGGCUCUUGGCCAUGCACAUCUUGAAAUAUGUGAAGUCAUGUUCAAUGAGCUUGCAUCUUUCAUCGACGAGGUUUCUCUGGAGACAGAAGGGAAACCAAAAUGGAAGAGCCAAAGGUCCCGUCGAGAAGAACUUCGUAUCCACAUUGCGAAUAUAUACCGCACAGUUGCUGAGAAUAUAUGGCCUGGAAUGCUUAGUAGGAAACCAGUUUUCCGCCUACAUUAUUUAAAGUUCAUUGAAGAUACAACCAGACAGAUAUUAACAGCAUCUGCAGAGAGUUUCCAAGAUAUGCAACCCCUCCGUUAUGCACUUGCUUCUGUACUGAGAUCCCUUGCCCCUGAAUUUGUUGAGUCCAAAUCGGAGAAAUUUGAUAUUAGAACAAGGAGGCGACUCUUUGAUCUUCUUCUCACUUGGAGCGAUGAUGCUAGCAAUAUUUGGAAUCAGGAUGGUGUUAAUGAUUAUCGACGUGAAGUGGAGCGAUACAAGUCUGCUCAGCAC